GAGAGAGAUUGAACACAGCGUCCGGCCCGUCGGUAGACUGACUCUCAGCCAUGUCUUCAGACGAGGAUUUUUCUCUUGUGAUGGAUAACACACAGCCGUCUGUGGAAACCUUGGAGGGAAUCAAGAAGCAAAUCACACAGUACAAGAUGCAGCAUGACCAGAUUGUGGCCGAGCAGAAGGAGCUGGCCAAAACCAGGGACGACCAGCGCGACCUGGCCACUAAAUUCAGACAGCGCUCCGAAAAACUGAUGAUGUCCCUGGAAGAGGACCAGUGCUCCCACGACAAGAGCAUCCAGGCUGAGAGGGAGAAGAUGGAUGCCCUGAGGCACCAGGAGAACGUGCUGCAGAUGGAGAUCGAGAAGGCAGAACAUGAGCUUGAGGAGCUGGAGGCCCACAACAAGACGCUGAAAGAGCAGACCGAUGUGACGACGGCUGUGCCGGAGAGGAAGGUCGUGUUCAAGGGACUGACAGGAGACACGCCUGCUGCGCAUCUGUUCGACAUGAAAUCACACAUCGUUUAUCCCAUGGAGGGAGGAACGGCACUGAUUACCUUUGAGGAGGAAGUAGUGGCCAAGAAGAUCCUGACCAUGAGGUGUCAUGAACUGACUCUAGGAGAAAAGUCGGAGUGCACCAUGUCUGUGGAGGCCAAGCCGGUGCAUCUGUUGAUACCCAGCAAGGUUGAGAUGGACACCCAGAUCUGCCCGCACCGCAUCUUAGUCUCCGAACUGCCCAAGAAGCAGAGCGAGGACGUCGUGCUGGACAAGCUGGAGAUCCACUUCUCCAAAACUCGCAACGGAGGCGGAGAGGUGGAGAAGUGCGACAUGCUGCACGACUCCGGCAACGUGGUCAUCACUUUUGUGGCCUCAGACGUUGCCAAGUGCCUGACAGAUAAACUGUACCACGAGGUGGAGCUCCAGAAGGGCAAGAGGUACAAGGUGAAGGUGACUCCCUUCCUGAACGGACGCAUCACAAACUUCAAGACUUCCACGUCUGUGUCCCCAUCGCAGCCCAAGCUGACGGCGUGCCCUCGCACCGUGCUGCUGACGGGGAUCCACCCCAUCAUGGACCAGGAGAGCCUGCAGGACCUGCUGGAGAUCCACUUCCAGAAAGCCACCAACGGCGGAGGCGAGGUGGACGCCUUCCUCUACAACCCGGUGGGGCAGAACACCUUGGCCCUGUUCCAGAGCGACCGUCCCAGCGACAGACAGGGGGCGCUGUAGCCUCUUUUUUUCCCCCACUGCUGCUCCAAAAAGCCCCACUGGAUCUCGGUCUGAUCAUCCGCCUGAGUUUGUAUUUAUAGAGGUUUUCAUCUUUACCAUGUGGUUAGACUUUGGUGAUAGAAACCGGCACCUGAAGUCGUUCUAUUUAACUCUUUUAUUCAGAUCAUGGCUUUUUUUUUUUUUUUUUUGGACGAUGUUGCAGUUUUGAGCGGUCGAACAGCUUCAGCUGCUGCCUGCAGCUGACAGGAUAAUUAAUUCAGGAAAUUGUGACGGGCCUUCAUUGGUGUUGAAAUGAUAUCAUUUGAGUGUUUCCAUCUAAUUGAUGACAUGGGCUAAUAUUUAAAGUGUAAUUAAGAUUAAGCGCAAAAUAUAUUUCUUACCUCUAUAUCAUAUUGGCUUGUAUUAAUGUCAAUCCCUCCUUCCAGGUUCAUCCUACAGAGAAGUCGCCUUAUUUUGUCUAUUUGUCUUCUGACAGGAAAUGACGAUUAUGAGGUUCAAGUGGAGUUUUGAUACUAUGAACAGUUUGAAAACAUAUUCUCAUUAAAGAUGCAAUGAAAUGGACUCUUACUUUCUUGAUUUGGUGUAUUUCCUGUUGAACCAGGAUGUUUGGGCGGGACAUUACA